CCUCUCUCCCUCCCUCGCUCGCUGGCCGAGUCGAAAUUUCCGCGCGCUUGACGCCUUCCACCUCCACCUCCACCUACGCACCUACGCACCCACGCUACGAACCUACGAUCCACAUAUGCUGGCCAAGGUAGCUAGCACCGCAUACGCAUACGCAGCGAUCAUCUAGCACAAGCAUGUCCAACUGCACUGAUGCGUCCGGCCUGGACCUCUUCAUAUGCGGUGGCGGAGCCGCUACCAACAGCGAAGGCCUCACCGUCAGCACUCUCUAUGCCUCGAUUAUCGGCUCCCUCGCUGGCUUCGGCGCUCAGUUGCUCGUCUUCGCCCUGCUACGCCUACGGCUGGAACGCAUCUAUCGUCCGAGAUCAUACCUCGUACCAGAGAAGGACCGAGUGCCUGCACCACCGCAAGGCUUGAUCGGCUGGCUGUACCCCGUCCUUCGCACCAGCAACAUCACCAUCAUCAAGAAGUGCGGUCUUGAUGCCUACUUCUUCCUGCGCUUUCUGCGCAUGCAGGUGAAGAUAUUCUUUCCUGCUGCCCUAAUCAUCUUACCUGUGCUUUUGGCUGUCAACGCGACCAGCAGUGGUGGACAAGAUGGACUGGAUCGACUUUCCAUUUCCAACGUCUCAUCGGGGCAGGGCUUCCGCCUUUGGGCCCACACGUUUCUGGCAUGUUUCUUCCUUCUGUGGGCAUUCUACCACGUCCUGACCGAGCUUCGGGGCUAUGUUCGAGUUCGACAGGCACAGCUCACCAGUCCGCAGCACCGUCUGCGAGCAUCUGCGACCACUGUGCUAGUGAGUGGCAUUCCAAGCAAAUGGCUCACCCACGCAGCCUUGUCGGGCCUCUUCGAUGUUUAUCCAGGCGGGAUCCGCAACAUAUGGAUCAAUCGUAACUACGACGCUCUCGCGGCCAAGAUCGAUGACCGGAGGAAGCUCGCUCGCAGCCUGGAAGACGCCGAGACGGUGCUCAUCAAGAAUUGUCGUUCUGCACACCUGAAGAGCGAGAAGAAGAAGGCCAAGGAGGCGGGUACAAAGCGCAAAACCAGUCAGGAGAAGAAGCAAGACCGAGCUGAUGAAGAUGCGGUCGCAAACCGCACGGCAGAGGGGGCGGGUUUCAGCGCUGGCGAAACACAUGAGGUACCUAAGGCUGUUGAACAGGCUGUCGAGGAAGACAACGACACCCACCACCAGGCUGAACGCAAGGAUAACCGUGCUGAGGCGACAGUGCAUUCAGAACAACGGCCUAAUAGCAUUGAUGGCACUCGCGACUCGCAUGUCAGCGACGAGACGACUUUGGCACGACCAUCCGGCGGCUCAAGACCGCCACAGAAUGAGUUCGAGGUCGAAACGCCUCACGAGCAUCGAAGAGGUGUAUCACUGAAGUUGCCUACCGACAUCUUCAAGAAUAACGACAAAUCUUUCAGCUUUCCCUCACCGCAGCCUGCCGUCGAGGAGGGCGACGAGUAUCCAUUGCGGAAGGCUGACACGCAGCAGAAAGAGUCCGAGUCCAAGCCCAAGAAGACAUGGUUGCAGAAAUUGGCAUUCUGGAAACCUGAGAUUGAGCCUUUCACAGACUAUGCAGAAGCAUACACCAAAGAGUGGGAUCAGGACCAGGAUGAGGAACCUUACUGGCGCCGCUACCUCGAGGAUAAGGACCGCGAGACCAUGCGCCUACCACUUUUUAGCCUUUCGUGGUGGCCGAGUAUUCCUUUAGUCGGCAAGAAAGUUGACCGCAUCUAUCACCUUCGACGUGAGCUAGCACGCUUGAAUCUGGAGAUUGAAGAUGACCAGAAUCACCCGGAGCGGUUCCCUUUGAUGAACUCGGCAUUUAUCCAGUUCAACCACCAAAUCGCUGCACACAUGUGCUGUCAGUCGCUCAGUCACCACGUUCCGCAACAGAUGACUCCAAGACUCGUUGAGAUCAGUCCCGAGGACGUGAUAUGGGAGAACAUGUCGAUCAAUUGGUGGUCCAGACCGAUUCGAUCAGGCAUCGUCUUCUUGUUAUGUGUCGUUUUAAUCCUCCUCUAUGCUCCCCUGGUCGCUUUCACCUCGUUGCUGAAUCGGGUAUCGGACCUCGUUAUCAGAUUCCCUUGGAUGGCAUGGCUCAACAGGGCGCCCCAGGCAGUCAUUGCGAUCAUUCAGGGUGUACUGCCUCCAGCGAUACUGAGUUUGAUACUCGUGCUUGUCCCAAUAAUAUUCAGGUUCUUCGUUCAUCACCAGGGCGUUCCGACUGGCAACAAUAAGGAGUUGGGUGUGCAGUCGUGGGUGUUUAUAUUUCUGUUCAUACAGGUAUUCUUGGUUGCCACCAUUUCCGGAGGCCUGUAUCAACUCGCCGCCGCACUCGCCGAGAACCCCGCCAGUAUUGUGACAACCAUUUCGAGCUCGCUGCCGAAGGCCUCGACCUACUUCUUCUCCUACCUAAUAGUUCAAGCCUUCUCGAAUUCUGCUAGUGCCCUAAUUCAGAUCGGCCCUCUUCUAGGAUGGUUUAUUCUGGCACCCCUCUUCGAUUCGACAGCACGACAGAAGUGGCGCAGACAGACCACACUUAAUAAGGUACAGUGGGGCUCGUUCUUCCCUCAGUUUGCCAACUUUGCUGUCAUAGGCAUGAUUUACUCUGUGAUCGCUCCCCUGAUCAUGGUGUUUUCGAGCCUGAUGUUCGGGCUAUUCUGGAUUGUCUACCGAUACAACGUCCUCUUCGUGUAUCAAUUCCGACACGAUACUGGCGGGCUACUCUUCCCACGUGCCAUCUACCACAUGUUCAUUGGAUUCUACUUCAUGGAGCUCUGCCUUAUUGGUCUCUUCUUCACCUCACACAAUGAGGACGGGUCACUCUGCUACCCACAAGCGAUAGUGAUGAUUAUUGCUCUAGUGUUUACUGUCUUGUUCCAGUAUAUGGUAAACAAGAGCUUCCAGCCCCUCUUCCAGUACCUGCCGAUCACGCUAGAAGACGAAGCCGUGUUGCGCGACGAGGCCUUCGCACGAGCACAAGCAAGCAAGUUUGCGCCACUCACUCAAGGCGACCGUUCCCCUGUGCAGGAGGAAAGACAUGACACACCGGAACACGUUGAAAGUCAAAAGCAUGAGGGCGCCAGUGAGAAUGAGAAGCCUGAGGCUCUCGCUCACGAGACCAAGAGUGAUAGAAGGGCAAUUUGGAAGACACCAGCCUGGGGUAAGGCCGCUCCAGAAGCCGUCGCUCGACUCCGCUACCUGGCAGAUGGCAAGCAGACUGAGAGCAUGAAGAAGCAUCACGAUGUAGAAGGACAACAGCACACUGUGGGAGAUGUACUUUAUGGCGAUUUUGCGGACGAGAUCGAGGACUUGAGCCCUGAAGACCGCGACCUUCUGGUUCGGUAUGCGUUCCAGCAUAGCGCACUCCGAGAGAGACGGCCGGUCGUUUGGAUCCCACGAGACACACUGGGUGUCAGCGACGACGAGAUUAAGAGAGCCAAAAAGAUGUCGACAGUAACCGUGAACGGGAAAGAAGUGACCACCAUCUGGAUGAGUAACGAAGGUUCUGCAAUAGAUGGAAAAGGACGAGUGAUGUUCCGCAAGAGCCCACCUGACUUUAGCAAUGUCGAUUUGGUGGCGCUAUAGCACUCAAGCAUCCGCCCAUAGUUAUAUACCCUGCAUACAUGAAGCGUUAUAGCGGUGAUGUAAUGAAUUUCUCCUUUUUGACCAGAUGGAGCCGCAAAUCAAUCGAAUCUUUGCCAAUGCUGCAUCUGCUGAUGCACCACGAGUAGCAGCCAGCCACGUCUAUAGCUUCACCUCUCCCUCGAAGCCCUCGACAUGCAUGAAAUUGGCUCGCAGUGCAGUGAUACUGGUCUCUCCCUCCUUCACGGCCCAGCCAUCGGAGCCAGGCCCGCUCUUCAACACACUCUCAUAGACAUCCGCGAAUCUCGGAGCCCACUUGAAAUGCCUGUGCUUCCAUUUGCUCUCCGGCGCCUUGCUGACAUUUUCUUCACUUACUCCCGCCGCUUCUUGACUUCUCAACUUCGCUUCCUCCGAAGCCGGAUCGUCCACACCUUCAUCAGAAGUCAGUUCCUGAAAACACGCACCUUGAUUCCACUCAUUCUGCAACACCUUCGUCCAUCGCACGGGAGCCUCCGAACAUCCCUUCUUCACAGGCACAUUCACCGAAUACAAUUGCGCCGGACCCCAGCUCGCUUUCUGGUAGAGAUACUCGGCAACACGAACACUAUGUCUGCACGACUCGGCGACAAUCACGGGAUCAUUGAGGCGAUCUGUAAAUGCAAAGGAGAGCGCGAUGGCUUUAUAUCCGCAAUGAGAAGCUUCCAAUGCGGCGCCCAACGUCCCCGACGAAAGCGCAAACACCGCCGAGGUAUUUCUUCCGUAGUUGGGCCCCGAAAUCACCAAGUCGAUGGGUCCGCGGUCCGACGUGAAAAAAUGCGAGAGUCCGAUCUGGGCACAGCCUGCCGGGGUGCCGUUGAUGAGAACCCAAGGAUGACUGCCAUCGUCGUGAGAGGAUGAUGAGCUGCGGGCAUCCGAAGUUGACGCAUUCACGUGUUCGUGUGGCACUUGAGAGGGGGGCCAGUAGUAGGUCGCUCGCACGUCCUGUCCUACGAUGUGGGCUUUGCCUAUCCAGCUGCGUUGGGAAUCGGGAACGAUGACUGAGACGGUGUGGCCGGCUGCC